AGGUAUUCCUUUUUCUUUUCUUAUUCCCUGCGGCCGAGUCAUAGGUUGAGUCACCCGCUGCAAAUCCAACUCGUGCAUUUGAAGAAAGAAAAAAAAAAAGGGUUGGUUUUUGGUUUUGGUUUGGUUAACUCCUUCCACUUCCACCCAUGGUCUCCGAAUCCGAACUCAUCGGCCGCCUCCGCGAGUUCCUCCGGAGCUCCGACCUCAACACCACCACCACCGCCACCGUCCGCCGCCAGUUGGAGGCCGAUUUCGGAAUCGACUUAUCCGACCGCAAGGCAUUCAUUAGGGAACAGGUCGACUUGUUCCUCCAGACUGAGCACAACCAAUCACAACAAGAAGAAGAAGAAAAGGAAGAAAAACACCAAAACGACCACGUAGAGGAACAAGAAGAGGAUGCGCCUAAUAAUCCCGAACAAAGCCAACCCUCCGAUUCCAAGGAAGUAACCGAUGAAGACGAAGAAGAAGAAGACGAAGAAGAGGAAGAAGAUAAACCUAAACACGCCAAAAAGGCCAAGAAGAAUAAAGGACGAUCGAACACGUUAGGUGAUGAGGUAGUAAAGAAAAGAGGUGGUGGUUUUUGCAAAUUAUGUAGCCUGUCUCCACAACUUCAGGAAUUCAUGGGAGCUCCAGAAAUGGCCAGAACUGAGGUUGUUAAGCAAUUAUGGGCCUAUAUUAGGGAGAAAAAUUUGCAAGACCCGAACAACAGACGGAAUAUAAUUUGCGAUGAGCGAUUGCGUUCCCUUUUUAAUGUCAAUUCCAUCAACAUGUUCCAAAUGAAUAAAGCAUUGUCAAAGCAUAUCUGGCCAUUGGAUUCAGAUGAUGUUGUUCAGGUGAAGUCCACACCAAAGGAAAAGCAGAAGAAGCAAGAGAGAGAUGAUGAUUCAGAUGAACCAAAAAAAAAGGAAAAACGGCAGAAGGGAGGAGGGAAAUCAGGUUUUCUUGCUCCUCUUCAGCUAUCCGAUGCCCUUGUAAACUUCCUUGGUACUGGAGAGAGCGAGUUAGCGAGAACUGAUGUCAUAAAAAGAAUGUGGGAUUACAUUAAAGGAAACAACCUUCAGGUUUGUCCUUGCUCUAAAUUGUCUUGUGCCAUAUAGCUCUUAUUUGUCUCC